GACGCUCCGAUCUUCGAAAUAAAAAAUCUAUUAAUCAACGAAACUAGCACGCAACUGGUACUAUGGGGAAAUCUGGGUUUAGUGAUAAUGGAACUUCCCAAACGUUGGGGCAAGGAUGGCACGUUCCAAGGUGGAAAAGAAGAAAUACUCUGCAUAGUACACAGUGAAACGGUAGAUAUUCGAAAGGCAAGGUGGCAUCCGGCUUCUACAAAUGAUUCACAUCUACUGGUGUUAACAUCCGAAAAUACAUUUCGUUUAUACGAAUGUGAACUGGGUAACAGGCCAAGACUGGUCAAAUGUUGGAAGAUUGGCCGUGUACCUUUUAGUUCACCAUCAAAGCUUCCAGACUUUACUUCUUUAGGUGAUACGGCGAUUGACUUUGAUUUCGCUACGCCUACUCUUCGGAAACCGGAAAUGUUUGCGAGUAAAGACAUUAACAAGAAUAAUAUGAUUGAUUGGAAUCAGAUCGAAUGGCCUAUUCUAGUUCUUCGUGGAAAUGGAGAAGUGCUCAUUGUUCGAGGCAACAUUUUACAUAAUCAUGAAAGUCCAAUAGUAUCUAAACCACUGUCGAUGUAUCCUCCGGCUGCUGAUAAUUACGGAACAGAUUUUUGUUCUAUCAUGUGUCUACAAACUACCCCUCCAAUAGUAGUUAUUGCUAUGUGUACUGGAAAGAUUUACCAUGCUAUCCUGUUGAAAGAGUUGGAGGAAAAUGGUAAUGAUGAAACGACUACGACUCAGUACAAUUACACUAGUAAUUGUCAAACAUCAGAAAAGGAUGCAUUAUACGUAUACGAGUAUGCUGAAAUUGAAUUAGGUCUUUCCUUUGGGGAUAAUGAUGAGAAGUAUAAUUGUCCGAUACAUCUUCGGUCCGAUAAGGGUAACAAGUCAAGAUACUUUUGUUCUCACAAUGCGGGAAUCCAUAUGAUCAAUCUGCCCAUGGUCUCUCAGUUAGAAGAAUAUAUCAACGAAGCGGAUGGUGAUGAUGUUCCCUUGCCAUCAAUUUCAAAUCAAUCCAGCUCACAGUACUUGAUUUGUACAAGAACUGAACACACGGGAAUGAACGAUGCUACACCGAUUCUCGGAUUUGGACUUCUACAGGAACCGUGUGUUUUGAUAGCUUUAUUACAUAACGGCGAUAUCAUUGCCCGAUCAGUUAUCGAUUUUUAUUAUUUUCCAAAAAUUGAACCCCCGGAGCCAGUAAUUCACAACAAAAAUAAAAUCCAUAAAGAAGAAUUUGAUGUGUAUAUAAAAAAGUUGUUGAAACGUGAGACGUCGCAGCCACUUAUUAAAAUGAGUACGAAGUCUAUGUCCCCUCGAGAAUGUUUACAGCUUUUAUAUCACGCGACUGAUAUUUUCCGCAAAGAACAUUUUGUUAAGUAUGACAUUGUGAGAGAAGAAAUAAGUAAAAAGAUGCGUGCGUUAGAAGUAAUGAAAACACAACUACUAAAGGAAUUGAAUAAUCUAAUGGAGACCAAAGAAGAAUUAAGACAAACUGCUGAACGUUUGGCUGAACAGUACGAGGAUAUUAAGGAUGUCCAAGAAAAAUUAGCGAAAAGAGCGAAAGAGGUAUUGCGAUUAGUAAACUACAAGGAGCCUUCGAUGACUCCUCUUGAAAGAGCAGAAGCAGAAGAAUUAAGAAAAAUGGAGGAAAAAGUAAAGGAAAUGGAUGUCAAAUUGUCAGAACUUAAAAAGAAAACGGAUCAACAGUCUGGGCAAAUAGAAACCAAUGAAAGCAUUGAGAAGAAAAAAGAAAUUGUUCUUAAUAAGGAUCAAGAAAAGAUUAUUAAGAAUAGCCUCGGACAAAUGUCUAAGGAUAUAAAAGAACUGAUUGCAGAAGUUAAAAAGUUUGAGGAAGAAGUGAGUAUUUAAUUAAAAAUAUUAAGUAUUAUGUUUUUUUGAGUAAUGAGUGUAAAUUUCAAUACCUUAAAAUGUAAAUGUAUCCGUGUAACAAAAAAUGAUUAAAUGUUGUUUUUAUUUUA